AUGGAUACAAUUUCACACGACAAUCCGCUCUCAGAAUCCAAGGAGCCUGUCGGUAAUAAUUGUGGAAAUGCCUCUUUUAUCUUGGGAACCGGGAAGCCUGUGACGCCUCAGAAGUGUGUAGAAGACUCAACUCCUAAUCUUUGCACCCCGGUUGCCUUUAAGUCACCUUUGGACUUCUCCACAGUAACCGUAGAGCAGUUGGGAAUCACACCUGAAAGCUUUGUUAAGACCCCUUCAGGAAAGUCAUCUUCCCUUAAGAAGACCAGGCGGCGUUCUACAGUCGGUGUCCGGGGCUCUCCAGAAACAAAUUGCCUGAUCCGUUUCAUUGCUCAACAGAGAAGCCUAAAGAAUGCGACAAGAUCUCCAUUGGCACAAAAUUCCCCCUUUCAGGGCAGCCCAGGACUCUGUCGACAUGCCAGUGCAUUAAAAGAGCGAAUGGCUGCUUUCCGGUCAGCUUUUCACUCCGUAAAGGAAACUGAGAGGAUAACUGGUGGCCCCGCAGCCUUAAAGGCAGAUGGACAGUCUAAGACACCAAGUCUGACAAAAAAAGAAGGUCUUGUUGAAUACCAGCAGUCUGGGUUCCCUCUAAACUCUUCAAAACGGCGGAGAAUAUCCUCCCAGAGCAGCCCUGAUGACCUGAGCAGCAUCAAAGGGAAACUGGUGCAUGGACAGGUGCUCGCCGAGCGGGCCUGUGCUGUGGGCACCCCUGCAGAUCUUGUUGAGAAGUCAUCUGACAUUGGUCCAGUCCAGCCUGGCUAUGUAGUUGCUCCCUGUCCAGAGCUCAAGGAGGCAUCACAUGGACCAGGAGUUGCUGACUGUGUAGAGAGCACACAAUCAGCUGUUGCUGUUUCACUUGACACACCUGCAGCACAAGUGAGUGCAGACACAGCUCCUGCCACCAGGUCACCAGUGGCUCCUGUGUGCGGGAGCAGCAGCCCUCCCGCUAAGACCUUUGUGCUUCGUUCUGUGUUGAAGAAACCUGGUAAGCUGUUUGGAGAGAAUGGAAAGGAAUGCAACCUAUGUGAUGGCGGGCCUCAUCUAAUCCCAGAUCCUUCAAACUGCAAAGAACAAAGAGCAGGUAGCGAAAACUGUAAAUCACCAAGCUUUCUGAAUCUGAAGAAGAGGAAGAGAGUUACUUUUGGAGAGGACUUAAGCCCUGAAGUGUUUGAUGAAUCUUUACCAGCCAAUACGCCAUUGUGUAAAGGAGGAACACCUGCCCGUCAACGAAUCGUAAAUGCUGCCAGUCCCCUGCAGUCACCCCUUCAUGAGCAGUUACUUCAGCCAAACUUUGAUGACAAUGAGGAGAAUCUUGAAAACAUAGAACCAGCUCAAAUAUCAUUUGCAAUUCUGAGUCCUAGUAAAUCUUCACUCUCUGAGACUCUUUCAGGCACUAAUACUUGCAGUUCUUUAAGUAAUCGUGAGGAAAUAAGCUGUAGUGUUGGUAGACCAACACGGACUUCUCACAGAAGAAAGCAGGUGAUGAGUUUUGCAGAAGAAGAUGUGUGCAACUCCUACACUACAGAAGCUAAGCCCUGUAAAGAGAAGAACAUGAACAGGAGGAAAUCUCAACAAAGAAAAUGUACAAGCAAAGCACUUGCUGGAAUGAAACAGAUUUUGAAAAGUUACAGAAAAAAGAAAAGGGGAAAGAAGAGUGUUGAGAAAAGUUUGUAUGGGGAAAGAGAUAUCGCAUCUAAGAAGCCGCUCCUGAGCCCCAUCCCUGAGCUGCCCGAAGUCUUCGAAAUGACACCUCUGGCUGACUGCACGCAGAUGAUAUGUUCAGAUGAUUUCAGCGUAAGUGGCGAACAGGAAGAAAUGAUCUCUCUUGAAAUGCCUGCGAAAAGAAAGCGACUCUUGCCUCGGGAGGAAGACUUGCCUGAGCUGGAUCCAGUGUUUCAUCUGUCUCCUGUGUCUGAAUUGUGCUGCUGCUUGUUGCCAAUCACUGCUGCUUCUGCAGGAGGGCCAAAUGCCAACACUAGGGUCACAAGCAGAGCCCGUAACUCCAGAGCCACAAGUAAGCAUCAAAGUGCAAAGGAACCAAAAACCGAGACCAAGACUGAAAGCAUCCCUAUGCCUUGUGCAUCUGUUACCCAAGGGCACGUUGUGUCAGGUAAUCCAAAGCCUCUGUGUAGCCCUCGGUGCCAGGAAGUUCCCAAGACUGAGCAAAAUACAGAAAAUCCUUGUGAAGUCCUUACAGUUUCAGAGAAUGUGGAUAUAAAGUGUGGGGAAGAGAAUGUGUACCCAGCUCCAAAGGGGAAUCCGCAGUGCGUCCCUGUCACAGCUGGCUCGGACAGGGAGCGUAAUUGUUCAAAAGGUGUCCUAGUUGAAAAUCUGAAAGAAUCCACAAGCCACAGUGAGGCCAUGGGAAGAAAAUGUGCAGAAAACAGCAACCCCAUGAGUGGUAGAGAAAGGAAACAGAGGAGAAUCUCUAUGCAUUGCUAUGUGGGUCAGAGGUCAUACCUGAAACAAAAUGGGAACUCCGCAUAUUCCAACAGUGGGGGAAGCUCUGCAGAAAUUGGUUUAGUAAAUCCUCAGCUGUGUGAAGAUUUAUCUGAUGCCAUAGAGCAAAGCUUUCAGAGAACAAGCGGUAAGCCCAAAGUGAGACGCAGCACAAGGCUCCAGGGAGACUUGGAAAACACAGGGCUUGUAUGGAUGUUACCUCCCACUCCUCCCACAUCCCAGAAAACCAAAAGGAGGAUGACGAUUUGUGCCUUUGACAGCAGAGAAUUUGAAAGAAUGCCCUCCAGAGAAGAGACUGUAUCCUCAAGACAAACCCCAGGUCCCCUGCCAUUCAUCCCAGGCAGUGGGAGCCAGGGUGUUGGUUCUUCCAAGCUACCUGGGAAAAGGAGGAAGAGCUGUGUGUCUACACUCCCAAAUGCUGAGAGUACCACUGAGCCACCAUACUUCAAGAGAAAACCCUCUCUCAAGAAGGGCGAGAGCUCUCAACUGCAGUGAGGGGCUGGGCACGGGAGAACCAAGGCAGGACUGACUGUUCCACCUGGCAUUGGCUGUUAGGAGGGGUCCCAGUGGCCUCCCUCCUGCUUCCAUCCCUGUUGAGCUUCAGUGCAUUGCCCGUUUCUAAUAAAAAGCAUUUGAGUUGUGAUGA